UAUGUAACUCCUAUAUCACUGGUUCUUUUACCUUUAACAACCACCAAACUGGACCAGUGGGAGCAAAAAUCAUAUAAACUGAUAUUUUGAGGAGAAAUGAAACAGAAAUGAUGUGAAUGUAAAAUAAAGAAAUCUGAUCUCUGCUAAUGGAUCCGAGUCACCAAUACAACAAAUAAUCACACAGAAUAACCUGCUCUCAUCUCAUAUUACCUAACACACCUGUACACACACACACACACACACACACACACACCUGUACACACACACCUGUACACACACACACACACAUCACUCAUAUAUAAGCCGCCACACAGUUCCGGAUUCUACUGAUUCAGAUUAAAUCAGAAAUAAAUUCAUUUUAAUCAUGUUUAAAAAUCUGGAAUCCCGGAAUGUGAAGAGUAAAGAGGAGAAAAGUUCAGCUAAAGAACCUCAGCUGAAAGGAAUCGUGACGAAACUCUACAGCCGUCAGGGUUUUCACCUGCAGCUCCAGGCCGACGGAACCAUCGACGGCACCAAGGAGGAGGAGGACAAUAGUUACGCGGUGUUUAACCUGAUCCCGGUCGGACUGCGUGUGGUGGCGAUUCAGGGCGUUCAGACUAAACUCUACCUGGCCAUGAACAACCUGGGGUACCUGUACACCUCCGAACACUUCACCCCCGAGUGUAAGUUUAAGGAGUCGGUCUAUGAGAAUUAUUACGUGACGUACUCGUCCAUGUUGUACCGGCAGCAGCAGUCGGGUCGAGCCUGGUUCCUCGGCCUGAACAAAGAGGGGCGAGUUAUGAAGGGGAACCGCGUCAAAAAAACCAAACCUGCCUCUCACUUCAUCCCGAAACCCCUCAAAGUUGCGAUGUACCGAGAGCCCUCGCUGCACGACAUCACCGAAUUCUCCCGCUCAGGAAUCGGAACCCCGUCCAAGAGCCGCAGCGCUUCGGCCAUGAUGAACGGAGCCAAGCUGACCAGCCAGAACGAGUCCCUGUAACGAGGAGACCCGGCGAGAGGAGCGAACCCAGCACAACCUCCCCCCCCUAACGUUUACACGCUUUCUUCACCUCUUCCUCCUGACGAUCACUGUGAUCACAUCACAAGUGCAAAAUCUUCCGACCCUGAGAACAAACCCUGAACUUUUGAAGCCAUCAGAACCGAACGUGUAGCCUGAACCAACCGCUGCUUCAUCAAGUGCUUUUAAUUCUGCUCGAACUCUUUUACUGGACUAAAUGAACCUCAUUUGUGCUUCGAAGCUUCUUAUUUAGCUGCAACAGGAGCUGCUGAUUUCACACACUGACCACCGAGACGGAGACUGUCCGACGGUCCGAGCGACUGAGUGACCACAGCCAGGCCUUUUAACUUCAGUAGCAUCUGAUCACUGUUACACACCCACGUGAAGCUUUCUCUGAUUCUUGUGAUGCUACUUUGAGAGGAUUUAUGAUUUUUGCUCAGCCAAAGAAAGUGUGGAUACUUUUACUACUUCUGUUUCAUUUCUGUUCUUUUUCCCCUCAUGAACCUUAAAUCAGCUGAAUUUAUUUGCUAGUUUAUAAAUCUGUGGUAUUUCAUGGCAGUCUAAGGAUUUAAAUAUUUCUGUGACUGAAACACUGGACAUACAAACUCCUUCAUCCAGAAACAACCAAGUACAUGGAACAGUGGUCUUCUCUUCCAAGGUCAGGACAAACUGCACUCUUAUUAUCAACCCAAGUCAGAUUUAUUUCUAUAGCUCUUUUUACAAUAAACAUCGUUUUAAAGCAGCUUUACAGAAUCCAGGACCGACAGACCAAAACCUUCUGUUGAUCAGCCGAGGGCGACAGUGGCAGGAAAAACCCCCUUAAAAUUACAGUUAGGAACCUUGAGAGGAACCAGACUCAUCAGGAACCUCCAUCCUGCUCGAGUGGUCUGGAGAAUCAUUUAGAUGAAUUAGAAAGGAAAAUCAGAAAAAAAUGUAAAAAUUGAUUUUAGAAUCUGAAGUUUGUUGCUGAUCAUGUAAACAAAGUAAAAUAGCUCUGACCCUCCCAAUGUUCUGACCCCGACCCUAAAGAAAGAAUCUAGAACUACUGACACGAGUCCACGUCAGAAAAACAAAACAGUAUUUAGUGUUUGUGGCAGACAGAUCCGGUCAGGUCGUACCAGAAGCUUAUAGAUGAAAACGAGUGAAACACAGUAAGUAAAAGAAUAAAUCAUUAAGAUUUAAAUCUAAUUUAAUAGAAAUGUAGGUGAAGCCUCAGUGAAGCUCAAUCAUGUUUUAUUUUAUUUGAAUGUGCGCUGAUAAUUUGUGUUGCAUGAGACUGGUUUUAUGUUCUGUUAUGGAUUAAUGACACAGUGAGCGAUCGGCUGGAGAUUUAAACACCACACUGUAUGAACAUGAUGUUUACGUGACCCAGAUGUGCCCUACUGUAGGCCAGUGUGCCCUAUAGACGACUGAUGUGCCCUAAAGGAGGCAUAUGUGCCCUACAGGCUGCCAAUGUGCCCUAACGGAGGCCUAUGCACCCUACACAGAUGAAUGAUGUGCCCUACAGUGAAGGAUUUUGCCCUAUAAAAGACUGAUGUGCUCUACAGAUGGGUGAUGUGGUUUGAAAUCCUGCCCCCCUGUAUAUUCUGGGGGUGUUGAGGAGUGAUAAGUGUAAUUAGAUUCUCUGAUCUGAUCUCUAGUGAUUAGAUUUUUACUGCAUUGCAUGAUAUUAGUUACAUGUAAUGUCAAAUAAAUCAAUCAUAAAUAUAUAAAACAUC